AUGGGCAUUUUGAGCAUCUUCAAGACAAAUUCCACUUCGCGAGUAGUGGCCUUCGUCAUGUCACAUAACAUCACAGUUUUAACCGUGAGCAAAUCCUGCAACUUUCCAUUCACCUUCAACGGUGGAUUGUUCUACUCUUGUUCCAACUCACUACCUGGCAUUAAAAAUCCUUGUGCUCUCUACAUGUGUCUCACUGGUAACAGGCAGUUGUCCAUCUGUCUUGAUCCUCAAGCAUACAGCGCUGUCAACAAGUCAGUUUUGUUGAACAUUCCAACGUUUGCUACUCUAACCCCUGUUACGUCUGUUAAUGAAUGGAUUGUCAUUCAGCAGAGGAUUGAUGGUUUUGGUAUUUACGACAAAAACUUCUGGUUUGGUCUGGAGAAGAUGCACCAAUUAACGACAUCGGCUGAUUACAGGUUGAGAUUUGAAGUUCUUAUUCAAGGAGCUUGGUACUCUGAUGAAUAUGAUCAUUUUAAGGUCAAUUCGGAGCUUAAAAAAUAUUCCCUCAACGUAUCUGGAUACAUUGGAGAUAGGAGCAAUGUUCUAAACUGUCCUACUCCCACUAUGGUUCACAACGGAAUGAAGUUUACAACUUUUGAUAUGGAUAACGACCUAGCUCCCAAAAUCAAUUGUGCCGUGUGCAAUAAAAUAUCUGUUGAAGCAGCCACAAUUUAUAUUUCGAAAAGCAGCACCAGCAACCAACCACGCAUUAUCAACUUCACUGGCUUCACUGGCUUCAGCGGCAUAAAUGCUCCUUAA